AUGACGAAACGAAUCGGGGUCAUGACAAGUGGGGGUGAUAGCCCGGGGAUGAAUGGCUCAGUGCGGGCAGUCGUGCGAACGACCUUGAACUCGGGCUGCGAGGCCUUUGCUAUAUUGGAGGGCUACGACGGUCUCGUGAACAACAUGAUUAAGAAGAUGGAGUGGGCUGAUGUUCGUGGCUUUCAAAGUGAAGGCGGUACCUUGAUUGGGACCGCCCGAUGCGCAGAGUUCAGAGAGCGAAAUGGAAGAUUGAGAGGUGCAAAGAACCUGAUAACCCACGGUAUCAAUGGGCUAGUCAUAUGUGGAGGUGAUGGGAGCUUGACCGGGGCAGACACCUUCCGCAAAGAGUGGCCCGGGCUCUUAAGUGAAUUGGUAGCGGCCAAAGAGAUCACACAGGAGCAGCAAGACGAAUUCUCAUUCCUAAACAUCGUCGGCUUGGUGGGAUCCAUCGACAAUGAUUUUGCCGACACAGAUGCCACGAUCGGAUGCUACUCAUCCUUAGGGAAGAUCUGCGAAUCACUGGACACCAUCGAUUCGACUGCGUCCUCACAUCAGCGAGCAUUUGUGAUUGAAGUCAUGGGACGACAUUGCGGCUGGCUUGGACUCAUGGCGGGUCACCGCAAGCUUGGCAAACGAAAGACUGUGGUUAUCGUUGCCGAAGGAGCUCAUGACGAAGACCUUAAGCACAUAUCUCCAACGAUGGUCAAAGACGUUCUUGCUGGAGCUCCUUUGAAACUUGACACAAGGAUAACGACACUUGGCCAUCUUCAAAGAGGGGGCUCCCCGUGUGCCUACGACAGACAAUUAUCUACUCUACAGGGUGUGGAAGCCGUCAAGGCUGUCUUGGCAGCGAAACCGGGGGACCCGUCCUAUUUCAUCUCUAUAAUCGAAAAUAAAAUUGUCAAAAAGCCACUCCUCGAGGCGGUUGCAUCCACUCUGAAACUAGCGGAAGCUAUCAAGGCCAAAGAUUUCGAGAAGGCCAUUGAGCUUCGAGGCCCAGAGUUCGCUGAAUACUACGAGGCUUACAAAAUCACCACAGCUACUGAUCAGCCCGGCCUAAAACUACCAGAGAAUAAGCGAAUGAAUAUCGCAAUCAUCAACGUUGGCGCUCCUGCUGGUGGAAUGAACUCCGCCACUCGGUCGGCGGUAGCUUACUGUCUUGCACGAGGUCAUACACCAUGGGCCAUUCAUAACGGGUUUCCCGGUCUGGUACGGCAUCACAGAGACAAACCUGAAGGCUCUGUUCGAAAGUUGGAUUGGCUCGAAGUUGACUGCUGGAUUAGCAAGGGUGGCUCCGAGAUCGGCACCAAUCGAGAUAUGCCCUCAAACGUAGGCCUUUUUGCCACGGCCGACUGCUUCCGAGAAUGGAAAUUCGACGCCCUAUUUAUCGUAGGCGGUUUUGAGGCUUACACCGCCCUGUCAGAGAUGCGGGCUGCCAGGAAAGAGUUCCCGCCAUUUCGAAUUCCCAUGGUACUAUUGCCCGCGACCAUCAGUAACAACGUCCCCGGUACCGAGUACUCGGUAGGAAGUGAUACCUGUUUAAACGCGCUUGUUUCAUAUUGUGAUGCCGUCAAGCAGUCAGCAUCAGCAAGCCGGAGGCGGGUUUUUGUCGUUGAGACUCAAGGCGGAAAAUCAGGCUAUAUUGCUACAAUGGCGGGCCUUGCCAUUGGUGCCUUAGCCGUAUAUACUCCCGAGGAAGGAAUCGAUUUACAAACGUUAGCACGUGACAUACAGCACCUUCGAGAAUCCUUUGCCACGGAUAGGGGCCAGACACGAGCCGGUAAAUUGAUCCUCAAUUCUGAGCACGCUUCUGCUACGUAUACCACUCAGCUCAUUGCGAACAUUAUAAAAGAGGAGAGCAAGGGGAGGUUUGAGUCUCGUCACGCUAUCCCUGGCCAUUUUCAGCAAGGAGUAACGCCUUCCCCAAUGGACCGUGUCCGUGCUGUCCGCCUCGCAGUGAAAUGUAUGCAGCGAUUAGAAGCCUAUGUGGGCAGGACAGGCGAGGAGAUAAUGGCAGACGAGAACGCGUACGCCGUUAUUGGAAUCAAAGGAGCCAGCGUAGUCUUUGGGAGCAUGGCUGAAUUGGAGCAGGAGACCAAUUGGAAAGACCGGAGACCAGUAUCGGAGGCUUGGUUGGCGAACAAAAAGAUCGUGGACGACCUCAGCGGACGCCCGCAAGUGCCGUGA